AUGGAGGUGUGGUCUUCUCUGCUUGUUAUUUUCAACUAUCUUUUUGUAGUUUAGUUCGCAUAUGUUUAUUACUUAGCGUAGUUAUUUUGAAAUCUAUUCUACAAUCUAAUCGGAGUUAAUUUCAUUUUAGGUAAUAAUAAGCUCUCAAGAUCCUGAAGUAUGUGAUACAGGCAAAGGCAAAAGCAAGGCAUCAAGUAGGAAGGUCACAUAUGGCUUUCAUUUGGUUGAGGGUAAACUAAACCAUGCCAUGGAAGAUUAUCAUGUUGCUCAAUUCAAGGAGGUCGAUGAUCGCGAGGUCGGAUUAUUCGCCAUAUUUGACGGCCAUUCUGGAAAUGACGUUGCAAGUUAUCUCCGCAACAAUCUUUUCGACAACAUUCUAAAUGAACCAGGUUUCUGGACUGAGACUGAGACUGCAAUAAGACGAGCAUAUCAGAGAACUGACAAGAAGAUACUGAAGAGGAAAAGAAGAGAUGUUCGAAAGAGGGGAGGGUCGACUUCAGUCACUGUUAUACUGAUCAACGGAGAGAAGCUGGUCGUUGGGAAUGUUGGAGAUUCCCGUGCAGUGAUUAGCGAGGGAGGUGUGGCUCGUCAGUUGUCGGUAGAUCAUGAGCCGAUGAAGGAGCGACGCGCGAUAGAGAAGAGAGGAGGCUUCGUUACCAAUGUAAAAGGUAAUGUACCAAGAGUUGAUGGGCAAUUAGCAAUGUCAAGGGCUUUUGGUGAUAGUACAUUGAAAGAACACAUAAGUUCAGAUCCAGAUGUUAUUGUGGAGAUGAUAGAGAGUGAAGCAGGGUUCAUCAUUUUGGCAAGUGAUGGUUUGUGGAAGGUUAUGUCGAAUCAAGAGGCAGUGAAUACUAUUAAGCAUAUAAAUGAUCCUCAAGAGGCGGCGGCGGAGCUCAUUGAGGAAGCUGUUAACAGGAAAAGUAAGGAUGAUAUCUCCUGUAUUGUUGUGCGCUUGCUUUGAGAUAUAUAUAGUAUUUCUUUAUAAUGCCUUUAGAACUUAUUUAGAUAUGACAAUUUUUUGAUCUUUACUUAUGUAUCGUUUAAUUUUGGUUUUAUGUGAUCAUAAUACUUUGAAGGAGGCUAUGUUUUU